AAACAGACCCGGCCCAACUUCAAUUGUCACAAAACAAAGAGAGACUCACCCUUCCAAAAUCCAUGGACUCGUAAUGCAUUUCUCUUUAUAUAAUAUACAAAAACCCCACAUUUUCCCAACAUCCAAACAAGAAAAAGAAAAACCUUAAAAAAAUGAGCAGUCUUUCCAUCCACCCCUUAAUUCAGUUAAAAACCCACCAUCAAUUUCGCGCCAAAAAAACCAGAAAAUCCAUAGCUAUCCAUGCUUCCAGUGAUAACCCUCAAAACCAAAGACAACAACAACAACAACUCAAUCUCUCUGUUCUUCGUUUCACUUUUGGGAUACCUGGACUGGAUGAAUCUUACUUACCAAGAUGGAUUGGAUAUGGGUUUGGUUCCCUUUUGAUAUUGAAUCAUUUUCUGGGGUCUAAUCCAGACACCACUCAAGCACAGCUGAGAACUGAGGUUUUAGGACUUUCUUUGGCUGCUUUCUCUGCUGCACUUCCGUACUUUGGAAGGUUUCUUAAGGGUGCUACUCCAGUCGAUCAGGGAACUCUUCCUCAAGAUGCCGAGCAAAUUUUUGCAAUGUCCCAGAAUAUUUCUGAUGCUCAGAAGGAGGAUUUGGCAUGGGCAACAUACAUUUUAUUGCGCAAUACAAAUACCAUAGCUGUGUUGAUAUCAAUUCAAGGUGAAUUAUGUGUUCGUGGAUAUUGGAAGACUCCAGAUAAGAUGUCAAAAGAUGAAGUGCUUGAUUGGUUUAAGGAACAGAUUGAAAAUAUUGGCUUGUCUGACGUGAAGGACACCCUCUAUUUUCCUCAGACUACAGAAUCUGAGAUUUGGGAGAUGCUUCCCGAGGGAACUCGUUCGCUACUGGUAGAGCCUGUGCUUCAAGCAACAGUCCAAAGUGGCAAUAAGACAGAAAAUAAUGAAGGUUUUAUUCUGUUGGCUUCAAGCAUAGGGUAUGCUUAUAGUGAUAAAGACAGAGCCUGGAUAAGAGCAACUGGAAACAAAUUUAGAGGUGAAAAAAAGAAAAAGACAAUAUGAUGGUAUGUCUGACCAAGAAAUAAAGAAGUUAUAACAGGAAUAGUUGAUUUUAUUCAAAGUUGGAGGCAUCUCAGCACAAGAACAUACUUAGAAUACCAUUUUCAAUCCAAAAAAAUCUACUGCAAAGGAAAGAAAAUAUUUUGCCUUGAACUGACUCACUUCCCUCUCAAUUAAUUAACCACUCGGCACUUAAACCUCACUUCUCCAUUUUUUAUUACCCCGACUUUUCCAAGUUUUAUCAUUGAAGCUGCAAAUUCUCUGAAGAACAAACUUUGAUCCAUCUUUACCUGUAAUCACCAAGCAGUGCAUGAUAUGAACCAAAGAUACCUUUUCCUUCGA